GUUUGGAUUUUGAAUUUCAAUUUCAAUUUGAAUUUGAAUUCGAUUUCGAUUUCGAUUUUGAAUUUGAAUCCUCCUGCUCUAGAAUUCUCUUCCGGGAUUCUCUUAAUCAUCCAUACACAAUUUAUUCUCUCUUGGGGAUGAAGGGUUUCUCCUUGGUUAUUAUCAACAGAAACAAAAACAACAACACACUUCACCAGCUACACUUUAAUCUCUUAUAACUAAUAUAACCGUCAUUUUACUCAUUGUCGUUGUCAUUGUCAUUGACCUUGCCAUCCCAUAGCUUUUUGGACCCCAAAAUAUCUCAUUGGCAGUUUCCUUUCUCGGAACAUUCGAAUCCCUCUCUCUUUGGAUCUUGCUUCAUCACUCAGCUCUCGAUACAGGGGCUUGCUUAGAUUUGACCACACUGUCUCAAUGUCCCACUCGACUUGAUCAAUCUACUACAGUCAUUCGACUCGCCCUACCUUGACCACUUUCCCACCCACUAAUACUUUUACUGGUCAUAAAUAAACAACUUGGAGGAUCAAUUGGGGGAGGAUCAAGGAUACCAGCCGAGUCUGUUCGAAUAUUAAUUAUGUCUACUUCACAAUUGGCACAACAAUCUGCACGACUGGAGAGUCCAAGUCCGCGACUUGCUAGAUCACAUAGCGCUUUGAGCGAUAAGCCUUCGACGGCUAGCACUCACACAGGGUUACUCUCUCCACCUCUCUCAAUUUCACCAGAACCAGUCUUUAUUGCGCCUUCAGCAGCUUCACAAAUCGUUACAAAUGAUCAUGAUAGCAGAGAGGAUGCUUGGCUCGAUCAACAUGGCAUUGAGCCUUCUGGAGAAACGGCAUUGGUAUCACUCGCUGCUCUGAAACUUGUCAACACAUUUCUUGACCAACUUGUGUUUAAUUUUCUCUCGGUUUCGAAAUCAACUUCAUUGGUAUCACUACGCCCGGCUGUUGCUGAGGUCUUAAAGUCAAGGCUAGCAAGUGAUGCCGUCAGCGGAGCGGAUGCCGAGCUUCGGGAAUACUUGGGUGGAAGUGAUGAUGAUGAAUUGUUGUCAUCGGAGAGGGAAGGUAUAUCUAGCCGAGAUUGGGAUCUCGAAAUGGUGUGGAAGCGCACGAGAUUGAGAUGUAUGGUUUAUUCAUCAUUGGGGGAUAUGGAAGAAGAGGAUGAGGAUCGAUACACAGCUCAAGAGCAUCUCAAUGGAUCUUCGGAAUUUGGAGGCCGCGAAAAUGAAUCUGGAAUCGUUUCUCCAGCUGUUGCUAUCUUCUUGACAUCCAUCUUGGAAUUCAUGGGCGAACAAAUCCUCAUUGUGGGAGGACAAGCAGCGUAUUCCCGGCUUCGCACGAAGUAUGAGGAAGAUGAGCGAGAUGGCAUAAUUAGACAAACUGAUAUUGCAGAACGUGUAGUUGUAGAGGAGGUUGAUAUUGAACAGGUCGCAUCAGAUCGAAGAUUAGGAAAACUUUGGAGAGGUUGGAAGAAGCGCAUCUGCUUACCCAAAAGUCCAGUGUCAAUGGGUCGCCCCCCCUCGAGAGAAGCAGUAGACAAGUCAUCACAGCCUGUACUGACACCAGCCGAAGCGGUUAGCAUACCUCUCAGCGAUGACAAGCAACCACAAGAGAAGCCAUUGAACGCACUGGCCGAUUACGAACAAGCUGCUAUUAUUCCUCUACCAAUGUCUGUGGAUGAUGUUAGGCAAAUUGAAGUACCAGGACUAGCUCCGCAAAGCGACGAUGAAGAUGAUGAUGCGACUUCAGAAACGGAAGAGCUGCCAUUAUCUCGACGACCGAAGAGUAUGGUUGUUUUCACGAAUGCAUCGCACAAUCUUCCCACACCCAAUUCUUCCCAACCGCCAACUCCAAUUUUCGCCGUUUCCCCUGUGAAGUCAAGGAAACGUGCAAAUUCAUUACCACCUCCAAAUCCAUCCACUGUCACGUCACUUUUCUCUCGUGGUUCCGAGGAACCAAAUUCGCACCAGGAGGAUUGUGUCAGCCCGACGCAAAGUGGAGCCCCGGUGUUAAAUGGCACGAUCACACCUGCAGAAUCAGAAAAAGAUACAGGGGAAGAAAUUGAGGAAGUUUCAAAUAAAACAGAGAGUACUGUGCCCGAUUCGAAGCACGAGCCCACAAAUGGCCCUAUGAAUUCAGAUGACACCAGUAAAGACGUAGAUUCUGACUAUGAAUUUGUCGAAGAAGAACCGCAAAUCAUGACUUCGUCACGUAUCUCUUUCGGUGGUCGUAUUUCUCCCGAUGACAAAGAUUAUUCUUCACGCUCUAGUCUCCGAUCACCAAGCAUUCAUUCCUUGCGCCUGAUCGAUGUUAAUGCAGCGAAGAGUCCUACUACAAGAUCACGCAAAGGCUCGUUUGACGCAACUGAUUUCAUUGCAGGCCGAGGGGUCUCGCUGUCUCGACCUAAUAGUAUUAAUUCACCGAUCGUCUCGGAACUUUCAUCUCGAGGUACAAGCCCACACCUUAGAAGCUCGACUAGUUCCCCGCUAGGUCGAACUGGCUCCAAUUUGAGCUCACUGCCUCUUAACACAACUACUGACUCUAUAUCAGAAGUAGAUGAAAGGGAGGUGACUGGUGAAGAGUCUCCUUUGACGGCGGUACCGUCAGAGCUAGCGGCUGCGAUGCAAGGUGUUGAUGUGGAUCCUAGUCCUACGUCUCAAAACUACCCUUCCUUUAAGCCAGCCGCUUCUAGGCCGGCACCAUUUGUGCUCGCUGCUCCUCCUACCCCGCAAAAUUAUCGGGAAAGCAUAAAAGGCUCGGCUAGACAACAAUCUAGUCAGAGCAAGUCACCAAAUGGGUUCUCAAGCUCAAAUGUUUCAGCAAAUGAGCAAGACAAUCAAACGGCAUAUCAGGGCGCAAAAAAUUCAUUUGAACCACCUCCAAGGUCUGUCUCGCGUCCAAUGACCCACCCUGUGAACGAAAAUUCGACAAUUUUGCCUAUUGUGAAAGAGGGUAAUUCUCCAGAAACUUUCAAACACAUCCCACGUUCAUCCUCGGUGCGCCGUACGUCACCGGCAAGCUCUAAAUGCGAAGAAUCAUCGCGCAAGGCUAUAUCAGAAACGCAUCAAAAAGCCCAUCGUCCAUCUUAUACAUCUAACUCUAGCUCAUCUUCUGUUCAUCGUGUGAAUCAGAGACGAGUAUCGGAAGAAAGCGGCGUUUCUGCGAUGAGCAGUGUAGGUGAUUCUAAAUCAUUUGAAGAAUUAAUUCGAGGAGGCGAGACCAUUCAAUACACGUUGACACCCCAGAAUAUGCGAGCUAUUGAAAGUCCAGAUUCUCCAUUGAGUUUAACGGCCAUCCCUGUGCCUCGACCUUCUACAAACCGUACACAUUCAACAUCAGUGAGCAAGCAUACUGGAUUGCACUCGAAUCCUCCAAGUGAGGUUUCAAAAAGUAUUGCUUCUUUGAAAGGCACUAGUCGCCCUUCGACAAGCAGUAGUCGUGUUCGUGCCAAUGUCCAACCAAGGGAUGCAAGAAUAGAUCGGGAUUCACUGGGUGAUUUCUCAGAUUUUAUUCGAUCUACGGGUCCUGCAAUUCCUUUCAAGAAGGAAGAAAUUCACUCGCGAUCGAAUUCAAGUGCCGCUAGUGAGAUUUCGCGACCAAUAACUGGCAGUACUUUUCACAAGGGAACCAAUGGAACGCCGAGAAACGUCAGCAGCUCAAUUCCCCGUGUGGGUCCCGUUGCCACCCUUCCCACACGCUCAGCAUCAACAGCGGGUAGAUCUGGAAGACCAAAUAAAUUACAGGCUCGCGAUGCCACUGUAGGCAAAGAUUCUAUCACAGAUCUUAUUGACUUUGUAAGAGCUGGUCCUGAUGAGGUUGGUGGUCAUCGUAUACCACGAACUGUCGCUCCAUUCAGAUCAACCAUGGAUUCCGACCAAAUGUCUAGUUUUGCCGGUGGUAAAGCGAUCGAUGCAUCUCUACCCGAUUCUAGAUACAGUCAGGCCUCUACUUAUACAUCCACAGACCAUUCUGUAUCUUCGCAAACCGGACUCUUGAAUGCUGCUAGCAGGGCCAACAAGCCAAUACCCACACAAAGUGGUAUAAAUUUUGAUGAUGAUGAAGACAUGAUGCCAAAACGAAAGACACGAAGAGUUAGGGAUCCAUAUGCCAUCGAUUUUAGUGAUGAGGAAGACGAUGACGAAUUUGAGCCUUCCUCCAGGCCGGCACCCAUCAAAGAAGAAUCUUUGGCCGACUUCCUCCGCAAUGUACCUCCACCACCUUCGCCCAAGAUGACUUCUGUUUUCACUGAACCCCCUAAGCCACCUAAGAAGAAGGCCAGCUUUUCUUCACGUUUCACUCGUAGUGGCUCAACUUCUAAUGCUCAGCCACCCAAAACAUCACAUUCUGCAAACUCCCGCACGGCACCCACAAAACAUACGCCUCUUGCGCCAAUGAAUCCUCAAUUCAACGCUCCCCCUGUUCUUGGCAGUAGCCAGGGAAGUCAUUCUCGACAAACCGAAACUUCAGGAGCAACCUCGAGUUCAAAUGUCCGCAAGCCUUACGAAAGUCGCGAGCCUGCUCCGAUCAAGUUCAGAUCUCAAACUAGCGAUCUCGCAGACUUUUUACGAAACUCGGAACCACCUCCAUCGAUAGAACCUAAACCUUUCGUUCACGCAAAGGAGGAGAGUUCAUUCGCAAGUCGAUUCUUCGGUCGACGAAAGAAGAGCACUGCCGGGUUUUAAUAAUUUAGACAUUUAUUGUACGACGUAAUGCAUCGUCGCUCUUCAUCACAGCGAACAAGAUAUAUGAUAUUUCUCACCUCCCGAGCUUGUUAAUUAUUCAGUCUGUGAGAUAGGACACCUAAAUCUCUUAUUCGAGUCUCAUCCGAGGCUUUUUACAUAUUGAAAUGGAGUUAUCUAUUCAAUGUCAAUACAUAUUUGGAGGGUUGGGUUUGCGCUUGCUUCAUUUUUGAUUUUAGAUACCACACUGAGCAUAACUAUUGCUCUAGUCCCAUAUUGUAAGGGGAAGAAGGAAAGGGAGAGGGUUGGAGGCCUUUUAAAUUUGGUCGACGUUCUGAAUGCACAAUUGGGAAAAAUGAUUUUACUUCUUUCACUAGGAUGUGUUUUAUUUGAUAGGGGUAUGAUGAGUUCAAGGUGGUUUGGAGAUUGUUUUUUUAGGACUAGAUGGAUACAUGGAUAUAUGGAGUGAUGGAUGGAUGGAUGGAUGAUGGGGAGUUGAAAACAUAGUUGAUAGGAGAAGUUUUGUCUUUAAAUGUUACCCACACUGUAUUUUGUAAAUAGGCCUUGAAUGGAAUGGAACA